AACCCUCAUCCUUCAAAAUCCACGCCGCCGACCACUAAUUUCCGUACUCCCCCACUAAAGGAGUCGCCGCCGCCGGCGAGUUUCUUUUAGGCAUGGCAUUGUUAUCCGUACUUCACUCCUCCCCUAUCCACAAACCUAGACUCCAAUUCCACCAGUCCCCUGUAACCAGCCGCCGCUGCCUCUCCAUAGUUUCCUGCUCCUCCUCCACAUUCGACCCCGGCCCAGCCACGGGCACGAACGGCUUUCCUCCUGAACCGAUUGUCUCUAAGAAUCGUCGCCAAACCGAUGAGAACAUUCGCGAUGAAGCUCGCCGCCACCACUCCACCACCAAGACCACUUUCUCCGCUAAAUACGUGCCCUUCAACGCCGGCCCGGACUCGACAGAGUUCUACUCGCUCGACGAAAUCGUUUACCGAAGCCGCUCGGGCGGGUUGCUUGACGUGCAGCACGAUAUGGAGGAACUAAAGAAGUUCGACGGCGCGUACUGGAGGGAGCUAUUUGAUUCGCGCGUUGGCAAGACCACGUGGCCAUAUGGGUCCGGGGUUUGGUCCAAGAAGGAGUGGGUCCUGCCGGAGAUCGACCCGGAUGACAUCGUCUCUGCUUUUGAAGGUAACUCAAAUCUCUUCUGGGCUGAGCGUUUUGGCAAACAGUUUCUGGGUAUGGAUGAUUUGUGGGUAAAACACUGCGGGAUUAGCCACACGGGUAGUUUCAAGGACUUGGGUAUGACUGUUUUAGUUAGUCAAGUUAAUCGCUUGCGCAAAUUGAAGCGACCAGUUGUUGGGGUUGGCUGCGCCUCCACUGGGGAUACUUCCGCCGCGUUAUCAGCAUAUUGCGCAGCGGCGGGAAUCCCUUCAAUUGUGUUCUUGCCUGCUAACAAAAUCUCCAUUGCCCAGUUAGUUCAGCCUAUUGCAAAUGGUGCGUUUGUGUUGAGUAUUGAUACUGAUUUUGAUGGGUGUAUGAAGUUGAUAAGGGAAGUUACAUCUGAGUUGCCCAUUUACUUGGCGAAUUCUCUGAAUAGUUUGAGGCUAGAAGGGCAAAAAACAGCUGCAAUUGAGAUUUUGCAGCAGUUUGAUUGGGAGGUGCCUGAUUGGGUUAUUGUUCCGGGUGGUAAUUUAGGUAACAUAUAUGCCUUCUAUAAAGGGUUCAAAAUGUGUCAAGAGUUAGGUCUUGUUGAUAGGAUACCGAGGUUGGUUUGCGCUCAGGCUGCCAAUGCAAAUCCGCUUUACUUGUAUUAUAAGUCGGGAUGGAAUGGUUUUCAGCCAGUGAAGGCAAAUUCUACAUAUGCAUCAGCUAUCCAGAUUGGUGACCCUGUUUCUAUAGACAGAGCUGUCUAUGCUUUGAAGAAUUCCAAUGGAAUUGUUGAAGAGGCAACUGAGGAGGAGUUGAUGGAUGCUAUGUCGCUGGCAGAUUCCACUGGGAUGUUUAUAUGCCCUCAUACUGGAGUUGCAUUGACUGCUUUGAUCAAGCUCCGAAACAGUGGGGUUAUAGGACCUCAGGAUAGGACCGUGGUGGUAAGUACAGCUCAUGGGUUGAAAUUUACCCAAUCUAAGGUUGAUUAUCACUCAAAUGCAAUUCCGGACAUGGCUUGCCGGUAUGCUAACUCACCCGUGCAAGUGAAGGCAGAUUUUGGAUCUGUCAUGGAUGUGCUCAAGAAGUUUCUGGAAAAUAAGACUCCAAAGACUGAGGUUGGGAAAUAAGGCUCCAAACGUACUAGGUGGGCAUUCAAGUCCUAAAGCUUGUCCUGUUGAUUUUAUUUGGUAUGACCAUUGGAUUUUUGUAUUGAGUUUCCUUUUCUUCUUUCCUCUUUUUGAAAAGUUUUAGUGUAGAAUCGUAGAUUGAUUGCUUAGUGUAGAAGUCUGAAUUGUCAAUCUUCUCUGGCCAAACUAAUACUUUUGCAGUUGCCUUGAUGUUUUUUUUUUUAUUAUUAUUUUUUCUCUCUGAACAGAAUGGUUCUCGUAUCUAUGAUAAAGUAUUCCUGUGUUUUUUUCAUGAUAUAUUCUUCUUCUUCAUGUAUGUUGAGUGUAUAAUGCUCAAUAAAUCAGGAGGCUAAUG